AUGGCUGCUGCUCAUCUUCCCCCAGUUUCAUCUCCUUUGGCUAACUCUGGAAGAACGCCCACCCACCCUCCUGGCUUUGGCGCCGCUGGAACCAAGCCCAAAUGCUACAUCCCCCUUCCCAUUGCCUUCGCUUCAAGAAUCCCCAUUAUGACUGCCAGUGGCAAGCACUCCUAUCGAUUCACCCGCGAUGGAAUCGAGUUAAUGGCCGACAAUGAAAAGCUAAAACUACUCGCUCGCCGUCUUCGCCUGAGUGAAAUCAGGGCCUCGACUCCGCGUCCAAACUGA